AUGCCCCAAUCCCCAGAUAGAUCCCGCGACCGACGGCGACCCCGGUCUCCGUCUGGCUCCCCAGACGCCGAACACAGCCGACGGCGCCGCCAUCGCGACGAGCAUCGCAGCUCUCGACGCGACAGCUCCCGGAGACGCUCAUCUCGCAGUCCGUCCAGUCGGAAGAGCCACCGACGGGACUACGAAGACCGACCCCGGGAGCGCAGAGAGCGUACGGAUGCGUCUGACGACGAGCGGAGACGACGCAGGCACCGGUCUCCAGACGAACGUCGACAACGGCGGCACCGCGACCGCGAUUCCUACGACGAUGACAAGGAGCGCUCCAGCCGCAGACACCGGACCAAGUCCCGCUCGCGAUCCCCGCGCAGAAGACGCUCUCGGAGUCCGUCGUCGCGCGAGCUCGCCCGCUCCCGCGGCCCUCUUCCCUCCCAGCAGGAUGCGUACACGUCGUCCGAAGUAGCGCGCCAGGGCGACGAGACCGCGCCGCCACCGGAAAAAGAGAAACCGAACUUCGGGAACACGGGCCGCCUCGCAGCGGAGAGCAACACGGUCACCGUCAAUGGAGGGUCGGUCGUGCUCAAGUACCACGAGCCGCCGGAGGCGCGCAAGCCGCCGGCCAAAGAACCGUGGCGUCUGUACGUGUUCAAGGGCCAGGAUCUUCUCGAGGUGGUGGAAAUCUACGAGCGCAGCUGCUGGCUUAUCGGGCGCGAGCGACUGGUCGUGGACUUUCCCCUAGACCACCCCAGCUGCUCGAAGCAGCACGCGGCGCUGCAAUUCCGCUACGUCGAAAAGAGGAACGAGUUUGGCGACCGCAUCGGACGCGUCAAGCCCUACCUGAUCGACCUCGAAAGCGCGAACGGCUCGAGCGUCAACGGCGACAAAAUUCCCGGCGGUCGAUACGUGGAACUCCGCGACAAGGACGUUCUCCAGUUUGGACUAAGCUCCCGCGAAUACGUGCUUAUGCUACCAAAACCCGAGUAG